CGGCGCACAAUUGGCCCAGAAUUAGUUCUUAACUGACUUGCCUAGUUAAAUAAAGGUUAAAUACAAAUUUUAAAAAAAUGCAAAACGCAGCCCCACAAUUAGCCUGUAUUAGAGAAGAGGUUCGAUUAAUCUCGCCCGGGCACCCGUUUAGGCGUGUUUUUGCCGGGCUGAAAGUUGAUUGCAUUCGAUUUGGAACCUGGAUGCCCCACUCUGUUUUAUGGCGAAGUCGGCGCAAUGCAAAAGUGACGUGUAUAAAUGUAUUAGGAUUCUGUGAUUGCUUUGGAUAAAAACGCUUAAUCUGCCCUCUCAAUGAAAACUAGUCAUGGAAAGAGAUGCAUGUUUCUGGACGGUGCACUAUGUUGACAAAAUUACCGAGCAGCGCAGAUUACUCUUCAAUUUGAGAUGGGCACCCCUCCCCUCCAGCUUUCAACCCGGGCCAGUGUAAAAUAACUCAAUCAAUCGGUAAUUUCUCUUGUAUUUUCCCAUCUCGAGACACUUCAUUACCCAGCGUUACCUGGGAGUUUUGACGUCAUUUAGAUGAAAAAAUGGCGGCGGGCAGUAGCUCAAACGUGAACGAAAAUAUUCCAGUUUUUGAGUAUAAAGACAUAAACACCAAACCAUUCCACGUUGGCUCAUUCAGAACCGCAUGGCUUGAGAAAUUGAAACCAAUUGACUAUUCCUACGAGGAUAAAUACGAAGAGAAUGAAGAUGCCGACUUUGCAAAGGAAAUGGGAAUCGCACCAGAAACGUUGGAUGAACUGAAAGCUAUCUGCAGCGUUGACACUCUUCGGUGUCAAGCUGAAGACGAGCCUCUUGACACGAACGUUGUGCCACCUGACCCCACUCUUCAAACACUAAUACAGAGGAAGAAGAAGCAGGACUACAAAGACACCCUGAGGAUCGAUAAGAUAAGCAGAGUUGACCACUACCAAGACGAACUGGAGAGCCUAGCGGUGGGGAAAAGGCCUGAGGACCCUGUUGACUUGGUGCCAGAAGGGGAGAUAAUUUUGAGCAUAAACGUUCUCUACCCUGCCAUAUUUGAGAGAUUUAGGUAUGUGAGGCCCCACAUGACCCUUCAGAUGCUGGGCUCCCAUAGUCUGGUGGACCUGAGGGAUGCUAUCUGCUGUAUCAGCGACCUGCAGGUCUUUGGAGAGUUCAGCAACACGCCUGACAUGGCACCGGACUUCAUCAGCAAGGAUCACUUCAAAUCCGCCUUCUUCUACUUUGAAGGAGUCUUCUACAAUGACAUGCGUCACCCUGAGUGUCAGGACAUGAGCGAGACCACCAUUGAUUGGGCAAAGACCAGAGACUUCCCCACAUUCCACAAGGCCAAUAUGGAGGACACCAGGUUCUAUGACCUGAAGGUGAAGGUGGGCUACCCCUACCUCUUCUGUCACCAGGGAGACUGCGAGCACGUUGUCAUCAUCACCGAUAUCAGACUGGCUCAUAAGGAUGACUGCCUGGAUAGGAAGUUGUACCCUCUCCUUACCCACAAGCACAGGGUCAUGACCAGGAAGUGCGCCGUGUGUCACGUCUACAUCGGCAGAUGGUUAACCACAAAUGAUCCAUUUGCUCCAAAUGACCCGUGUCUCUUCUGUGAGCGAUGCUUCCGCAUGCUUCACUACGACAAGAAAGGAAACAAACUAGGACAGUUCCUGGCCUACCCUUAUGUGGACCCUGGGGCCUUCAACUGAGACGUCCUGUUUCUCCCUCCUACUGCUGGGCAGUAUUAGUAAUGGCACAUAGGGCACAUAUUUCUGUUGGCAUUAAAGCACUUUAUUUACUGUUCUAUUUGUCUUGGGAUUCAUGAUCACAUGGAAAUGUUUUUGUUGUAGUCAUAGAAUUGUAAAGCUCAGACUGUUCGUUUCAUAUUGAUGAACCUUCAGUGGUGAGCUGGUGAUGUCACCAGCUCAUGCUACUCAUGAGAAGUUCACUUGAAUGAUUAUAGCUCGUACGAAGAAUUUGUUUCACUAAUUAAAGUGGAAAUCAGUGGGACAACACCCUUCUGUCUUCUACCUCUGGAUAGGGAUCUCGCCCUGCAAAAGCUCUUGAGUGGUGACUUGGAAGGGUACUCUAGCAACGUCUUGAUUCAAAACACUUCAAUGGAAUCAUCUUAACCGAUCUGUUAAGCUAAUGAUGGCCAUUUUAGACCGGAAAGCUCAGAUCUGAGCAAAGAUGUUCGGCUAAUAGUUUUCCGUGUGACCUGUGAAAGAUUGACCGUCGACUUGACACAGUACCAUUGAUAGAAGCAAUUUAUUUGAAUGCGUACAGAUGAGGUCAAUUAUAUUGGCGCCACUUGUACUUUGCAGUAGAGCAGAAUGUUCUGCUUUCUCUUACCCUGUAGGCACCUGCAACUUACUACAGGUGACAAAUGACUUCAUGAAACUCAUUGCCUCCAAAUGAAUGAAUUUUGAAUAAGCUAGUCUAGGCCAUUUGACUUAAGUGAAAAAUAUAAAUUUUGAUUUGGUCCUGUGAAGUGUAAACAAGUUAUUCAUUUAAAUGUAUUUUGAAGGAAGUGAAUCAUGCAAGGGUGCCAAUAUUUAACCACAUCUAAAAAUGAGUACUCAUGUUUCAAACAAAUUAACUGAAUAUCAAUUUGUAGUUACCGACAAACGGUUAUUGAACCAAUGCUUUAUUACAAAGGAGGCUAAACAGGCUUUCAGACAGGCACAAAAAUACUCUUAUUUACAACAGACAGACAUUUAAACUUGGGUGUGCGAGUGGAAGAAAAAAAACUUUGGCACAAGUAGUAUUUCCUUUCUGUGCAAGAACAAAAUGUGCACCUACCCAGAGUAAUAUUGGUCAAUAUUAAGUACAUUUUACUAAACUAACUAGUAAUACAAAGACUCCUCUACCAGUAACUACCGUAUAUUUUAUCUAUCUUGUAUAAUUCAGAGAGUUGAACUGCAAGAUCUUGCGAUGUCAAACGUUAAGUGAUUAUUAAAAGACUAUAAAGCUU